UUCCGGCCCACGUGGGGCGCGCGCACAUGGCCGCGAACAUGUCGCCGGACGAGGAUGUGCAGCGGCUCCUGAUCCAGUUUCGAGAUGAGGCAGGAGAGUCCCUGGGCUCGCCCUUCGACGUCCCGGUCACCAUCACCCCGGACAAGCUGCAGCUGGUCUGCAACGCCCUCCUGCAGAAGGAUGAGCCGGUGCCUCUGGCCUUCUUCGUCCACGAUGCCGAGAUUGUGGCGUCGCUGGAGAAGACCCUGGCGGGGCAGAGCGUGGAGACGGAGAAGGUGCUGGACAUCAUCUACCAGCCGCAGGCGGUGUUCCGGGUGCGGGCGGUGACGCGCUGCACCAGCUCCCUCGAGGGGCACACCGAGGCCGUCAUCUCCGUGGCCUUCAGCCCCACCGGAAAGUACCUGGCGAGCGGCUCUGGAGACACCACCGUCCGCUUCUGGGAUCUCGGCACAGAGACGCCGCAGUUCACGGCCAAAGGUCACCGGCACUGGGUGCUCAGCAUCGCCUGGUCACCAGAUGGCAAGAAACUGGCCUCGGGCUGCAAGAACGGCCAGAUAUUUCUCUGGGACCCAGCCACGGGCAGCCAGAUCGGCCGGGUGCUGUCUGGCCACUCCAAAUGGAUCACAUGUCUGUGCUGGGAACCGCUCCACAUAAACCCAGAGUGUCGCUACCUGGCGAGUGCCUCCAAGGACGGCAGCGUCCGCAUCUGGGACACGCUGAUGGGCAGGUGUGACAAAAUCCUCACGAGCCACACGCAGUCGGUGACAUGUGUGAAGUGGGGGGGCGAUGGCUUGAUCUACUCCUCCUCCCAGGACAGGACCAUCAAAGUCUGGAGGAGCCAGGAUGGGGUGCUGUGCCGCAGCCUGCAGGGCCACGCUCACUGGGUGAACACCAUGGCCCUGAGCACCGACUAUGUCCUCCGCACCGGGGCCUUCGAACCCGCCGAGGCCACGAUCAACCCACAGGACGUCAGAGGCUCCUUGGCAGAACUGAAGGAAAAGGCUCAGCAAAGGUACAACCAAGUCCGGGGCCAGGAACCAGAAAGGCUCGUCUCGGGGUCAGAUGAUUUCACCCUGUUUCUCUGGAGACCAGCAGAAGACAAGAAGCCGCUGGAGAGAAUGACAGGCCACCAGGCAUUGAUCAACCAAGUCCUCUUCUCACCAGACACCCGGAUAAUAGCCAGUGCUUCCUUUGACAAGUCCAUAAAGCUCUGGGAUGGUAGGACAGGAAAGUACCUGACGUCGCUGCGGGGGCACGUCUCGGCCGUGUACCAGAUCGCCUGGUCGGCCGACAGCCGCUUGCUGGUGAGCGGCAGCAGCGACAGCACCCUCAAGGUCUGGGAUGCCAAGACAAAGAAACUGGCCAUCGAUCUUCCUGGCCAUGCAGAUGAGGUGUAUGCAACGGAUUGGAGCCCGGACGGACAGAGGGUGGCGAGUGGAGGGAAGGAUAAGUGUUUGAGGAUAGAGCACAGCGCUGGGUCACACUCUGGCUUGGAGACCUGACCUCCCUCAGGGCAGGAGCUGCUGCUGUCCCCUGGCAGCUGACUAGAAAGCAGAGUCCCUCCAGCUGAGCAGUCUGGGUGAAAUUUGACUCAGAUGUUUUGGCUCCUGGAGAGGGGAAAGAACAUUUGUACCAGUUGGUCAGACCUUCAUUUCUCACCUUGCUCCCUCUCCCAGUUAUGCAGACAGACAAAUUCCUGUGAGCUGGCUGCCAUUUGACCGUGGCUGGUGAACCCAGUCCCUGGGCCCUGCUGUGCUGCUCCUGUAUGGUGCCUGUGGGCAGCACUGGUGCCCAACCACAGGGACAAAGCAGCUCUUUCCAUUUGCAGAUGGCGUCGAUAGGAACAGAGACACGAAGCUGCUGGUCCUGUCCUCGGCACAACGUGCCUGGAAGAUCUCCAAGGGGAAGGAAGGGUGACGGAGGCCGACCCAAGCACGACUCCCUGUUCCUGUUGGCUACUCUCCCUCUUGGACUCUUUCCUUAUAUUUAUUUAAGGAAAUUUUAAUUCUAGUUCUUAUUAAGAGCUGUGCUUUGCAGGAUGAUUUCCUCUGAACAUUACAGGAGGGAUAUCUCGUCUGCCUCCAUCUCAACUGGCUUUUUAUUGGAAUUUCAGCCUCACAGAAACCCUCUGCCUUGAAAGGGGCAAGUGAAGGGCAGGAAUGGCUCUUGCCCUUUCUUGCUGUGUGUGAAGAAUCCUGCAGAGAAGAGGGGUUUAGUGGGAACUGAAAGGGUUGUCCUUAUGCAACCUUCAGAGAGAGAGAAAUGGGAAAAUUCAGGAACAUCAAUUACAUUGCAGAAUUGUGCUCGGCUGCACGUCUGGGACAAAGAUCUGCUG